CACCCAACUUGCACCAUUUGAGAAUUUUCCAAAAUACUUUGCCUGCCAUGUUCAAUUUCAAAGGCACAGAUGUAUCCUCAACAAAAUGCUAUGCUACACAUGGAUUCACUUUUCCGGAAGCUCAAUCUACCAGACGGCGUCCCUUGUCCACAAUCCAUCGCCAAAAUUUCACACACACUGUUGAUUUGAUCCUGCCAGAGAGACUUUGUAAAGGCUUAGAAGAGCAUUUGAACUCCAAACUCAGCAAAGUAAAAUAUUCCAGGGUCAUCUUGCCGUUGACGUGUCUUUUGGAGGGAGACUUUUUCAACAACUAUAUAAAGACCGGCAAUGUUUUGAUGAUAUCCGAAGGCCGUCCUGGUGUGGAUAGGGUUUAUUCGCUAUGUGACGGUAUUUUGAGACUAGAGCUACCAAAAGAUAUUUAUGAAAGAACCGGUCUAACUGGAAAGCCUAUCUCGGAUGGCGGAAAGAAGCAUUCCAAAGUUAGAUAUGUUGUCGAAAUCAAUUUGCGCCUACCAUCAAUGGUUCACGGGCGAAAGGGCUUUGAGCGCCUUGUCUGGGCUUGCAACCGCGCCCUCGUCGAGCCCGUCACAUGGCUCGUUUGCGAUCUCAAUGCCCCCAAGAUGGACACGGACGUCGAUGUUGACGCUCCCAUUGCUGUCCAUCAUCCUGUUACCACUACGGUGCAGGCUGCGAAGAUGUCGACAGACUUGGUCCUCGUUCCGCCGUUGAGUCCACCAGAUGAUGCCACCUCGCAUCCAGGCUAUGGCUUUCAAGACUAUUCCGUGGAGGUGCAUGAGUGGCUAGGGCUGGUGGCAUUGGGAUCUAGUCGGGUGCGACCGAAUGACUCAAUCGAUCCUUACCUCUGUCGCUAUGAAGUCCCAGACUUGGCCAAUUCGAGGGAGGAGCAAGUGACAAGGCUCCAAUGGCGUGGGCUGCUUCCUGCCAAAUGGAUUGCAGAGCUGUACUCGCUUACUGUAAAGACCCUCCACGAUGUAUCUCCCGACGCUUGGUUCGCCCUCAAUGCAGGCGCAUUCGAGCUGUCUGCGGUGACCGAGAGUGCUGCAUAUACAAUUAUGCUCCUUCCUUAUGAUGCCGAUGCUGCUGCGACAAGAAUUGAGCAGAACAAGAAAAACAAUUCUCGACAGGAACGCGAAUACCUAGUGUGGGAGAUGACCGGUAUCUCAUGAUGAGGUCCCCGAUUGCUCCUUCCCUCGGCUUCUCGUUGCCAUUGCUGCUCGAAUAGGGGAAGUGCGAUGGACGAUGCUCUCGCCGUCUGACUCGCCUUCCCCCCCCUCUAUGCGGCAACGACAUGACGCAGCAUUAUCGUGAGAUCUGGUCGUUCCAUUGGAAUUUCUAGGGCUUUCUGUCCUCGACAGUCCAUGUAUGGAGUAGUAUCAGGUAAACCGAUGAGUCGCCAGGCGCUCAACAGCCUGCCAGGUCC